UGAAAAAGGGACGAAAGAGAUGUUGACACAGAAGUAGCUUCCCCAGCUCAUUUUUUAUUUCAUAAAACACACGAAUUAUACGUUUACUCUUUCUGUGUUAAAAUGCUAUCAGACUUGGAGAAAUGCCCGAGGAGGUUAUUAGUCUGUGAAAAAUCCAGCUUCUUGAAUGAAGCAUCACGUCAUGAAGCGCACGUGUCCAAACACAGCUUCAACUAUAAGAUUUCCUUACUGAUACCUGAAUGUGGAGUAUUGCCUGCUGAGAUAGCAAAAGUUAUCAGUAAUUUCAGUUCAUAUCACCUUGUUCGGGAUCUACCAGUUUACAGAUUCCUGGAAGAGGACAUGCUUGAAAUAAUUAAGAAAGGCAGUUUUUAUGCCCUCUCGUACAAAACCAGGCUUGAUGAAGACAAUAUUAUUGCUGUUUUGAGCAGAAAGUUGAUAUUGUCUCUUGAUAAGGACACAUAUGAGCAGCUUGGCAUGGAGGGAAAACCAUCUCUAUACAAUCACAGAAAGCCCAUGAGAUAUGUUGUAACUGUGGACCUCACUGAUAAAUCUUUGGCUCCUGGUGCAAAGCGAUACCAGCAAGUUCUGCUAAGUUUAAAAGAAAGAGUGCCACUGAGAAGUGACUUUCUUUUAACAGAUUGCCAUUCAGACCGAGAUGGACAUCUGAAGGUUCUCCUGUCUCAAUACACAUACGAGAAGUGUAGGCCUACUCUUAGUACCCACAAUCUGAGAGAUCUGUUGUGCCCAUCACUUCAGUCUUCAGAUCUUCAGGGAAAGAGACUUUCAUGCACCCCAGAGCACUUCCUGGAGUGGCUGGGGGCAGUGAACCUAAAUAUAAGUUGUGAAAACUCAGCUGCAAGUUUCCUGUCCACAUAUGCAUGUCCGGAGCCAUGCAGUUCUGUGAGCCAGGUCCUGCUUUGCACAGUAACUGGACUCAUCCCUCCUGAAGACAUCUCUUCACUAUUACAAGAGCUUAGAAGUUAUUUUGAUGCACCAAAGUUUACAGACUGGGUCUCCCUCACUGUGCAUGGCUUUGUGGAUAGUCCUGUGUGCUGGGGAACAACGGAACAUGGCUUCCUCAAGGGGGGAGAAAACUUCUACAAUUUUGUUUGCUUCAAGAACCAGGAUUACUGGUUGCACAUGGCCACUGGUGCACAUGAUGGCUGCCCCCCUUGAUGAACCUGAUGAACCAGACGUUAUAAUCAUUUUGCUAUUUCACAUAUCUGAGCUAUUGAAAUUAUGUCCUGGAGACCUUUUUAUAUGAAUGGAAUUGAGAUUUUUGUUAUAUAUUAUGUAUUCUAUUUUAUCUUGUGAUUAUAACAAUAAUAAAUAGCAAAAUAAUAGUAAAAUCUAGCUAACAGAACACAUUAUUGAUGAUAAAAACAUGUUAAGUUCUUUUGAAAAGUAUUAAAUUCAGUGCAAUACUGCAA